AUGAAUUUUGAAUUUGAGAGGGAGAUCGGCUUCAUCAACAGCCAGCCCUCGCUAGCGGAGUGUCUGACGUCCCUUCCCGCUGUCCUGGAGACAUUUCAAACUUCAUCAAUCAAGGAGCCCCCGACGUUAAUUCCUCCUCCUUCGGAGCAAAGCCUUCUCGGCUCGGAUCCUCGUUCCUCCUCCAGCAGCAACAGCAACAGCAGCAACAGCAGCAGCCAGCCUGCGCCCAGGAGCCAAAAGAGACGGAGGCAUGGCCCGGCCCAGAGAACCGGGCCCCCCCAGCCCCAGCCCCCGGCCUCGACCCUGGCCGGAGAGUUCCCCUGGAUGAAGGAGAAGAAAGGCUCCAAGAAAGGCAGCCCGGCCCCGGCCUCCGCUUCCCCCGUCGCCUUCCCUGCCUCCCUGCCGGGAUCCAACGCAGGUUCUCCUGCAGACGCCCAGGCUGUCCUGGACAGUAGCAGCGGGAGCGGCUCCCGGCGCCUGAGGACGGCUUACACCAACACGCAGCUGCUGGAGCUGGAGAAGGAGUUCCACUUCAACAAGUACCUCUGCCGGCCCCGUCGGGUGGAGAUCGCGGCUUUGCUGGAGCUGACGGAAAGGCAAGUCAAGGUCUGGUUCCAGAACCGUCGCAUGAAGCACAAGCGGCAAACCCAGCACAAAGAAAUCCCCGACGGAGGGGACGCCGGCUUGGACCGCGAAGGCAGCGAAGAGAUGGUGGGGGAAGAGGAAGAGGAGGAGGAGGAAGAGGAGGAGGAAGAGGAUGAUGAUGAUGAAGAGGAGGAGGAGGAGGAGACCCUCCGUUCCCCAUUUGGGGACCCCCUGGCGCUGCCUUGCCCUCCUUUUCCAGCUGGCAGGACCCCCUCUGGUUACUUGACCCCCACAGAUGAAGGAGGGCCCGAGGGGGCUCCCAAUGGAACAGCUGGUGCUCGCUCUUCCUCUUCCUCCUCUUCCUCUUCCUCCCCGGACAAUGCCAUCCUGGAAAGCCAGAAACCUCCUUGGUUGCCUCCAGACCUGAGCCUCUUCUCGGUGGAUUCCGAGCCCCAGAGUCCAGGGAGGCUCUCUCCCAGCCUCCAGGGCUUCUUAGACAGCCCCCUCAGCUUCUCCGUGGAAGACUUGGACUUCUUCACCAGCACCCUCUGCACCCUCGACCUGCCGCCUUUGAAUUUCCAGUAGGCAGCAAGCGCCCCCCCCCAUGGCCUUCCUAUGAGUUGAAAGGGAUCCUUAGGAAUGGCAGAGAGCUUGCCUGGGAUGGCUGGACAACAAUUUAGAGAUCAGGGUUCACUCCCCCGCUUGAGCAUCAAAGCUCACUGGGUGACUUUGGGCAAGCCACACUCUCUCAGCCUCAAGGGAAGGCAACGACAAACUUCCUGUGGAGAAGUCUUGCCCAGAAACUCCCAUGAUAGCUCCGUUUUAGGGUCGACAUAAGUCGAGAAGGACCUGAAGGCACACAAGAACCACACACAGACCCACAAGUCCAUCAAGUCCCACCAAGCCAUUUCCACCCAGAGUUAUCUCCAUCCCAUUCUAGUCCUCCCUUUCCUUCCCCUACACAUACAUAGAGAGAGAGAGAGAGAGGAAAAAAUCUGUGUGUUUAUUUUUAUUCAUUUUAAUUUAGUGGACCCAUCCCUUUGAAGUGUUUUGUCACAUUUUAAAAGGAAUCCAUGUGUCCAUUCAAUUCAGGUAUUUCUACCCCCGUUUGUUUUGUAUUCCAUAAGAAGGAAGUGGAUGCCUUCUGGAGACCAGCUUCUAAUGAUAUAAAAAAAUUGGAACCAGGAGAUAGUUCUUCGAUGAAGGAAAGAAACCGCCUGGAUUUCUCAGUAUCUUUGGGACCAAGAUUCUAACUCCAAAAUUUUCCAGACAAAAAAAAUGCGAUUUUUUUUUAAAAGCGAAUUUCUCAGGAAGCCCAACAAGACCUUUAGAUUUAUUAAUUUAAAAACAAAAUGGAAAAAUAAUAAAAAAACAAUACCGGAGGUUUUGCCCCUUCCUUGAAUGUUUUAAAGGUAGAUUAUUUAUUUAAAUGCUUUCAUAGUCAAAUGCAAAUUUAUUUAUUGUACAUUAUUUUCAUAGAUUAAAUAAAUGGCAUUAUAGUCCUAAAA